AUGGAUAGAUCAAUGCAAACAACGAUCCAAGCCAUGAUCUCCGAGUCUAUCAAAGCCGCAACCGCUCCUCUUUUGGACAUGUUGCAAGCAAUGGCAAUCCAGAUCGGUGAUAUGUCCAAGGAUCAAGUCAGCUCCACUCAAACCCAAAUCGAAAAAGAUACUGAAACCGCACGGAAGCUGCAAGAAGAAGAAAUUGAAAGAGAACGGGUUCAGAAGGAACUGGAGGAUAAAGAUCAUGAACUGGCCCAAAAAUGCAAUGAAGAGGAGCAGGCAAACGCUCAGGAAUCGGCACAUGGUCAAUCAUCCCACUCCAUGAGCACAAGGAACAAGAACAAGAAGAAACGAAGCGCUGUUAAAGACAUAUAUUAUGUAAUUGAACACCCGACACGACACGGAUAUCGGAUAUCUUUUUGUGAUGAUGUUUUUCUAUGUAUCUUGUUUCUUCUCCAAGCAGAAGAUUACGACGAGAAGAGCGCUACAGUUCAUAUCAGGCGCUUGUUGGACAUUGUUGCUUGCACCACAAGCUUCGAUACAAAGAGUAAGAAUGGAAAAAUUACGCAAUCAAAUGGCAAGGAAACUUCUCCUUCUCCUUCACCGACGCUUCAGCCGCAGGAUUCGUCGCUGGUGGAUGCAGAAGGAGACUUAAGCAAUCCUUUCCCUCGGCUUGGAAGCAGCUUUUACGACUUCUUUUCUAUUUCUCAUCUCACUCCUCCUGUUCAAUUUAUCAGGAAAUCAACGAGGCAUCAAACUGACGCAAUCUCAUCAUGUGAUGAUCAUCUUUUCUCGGUUGAAGUCAAACUUUGCAAUGGAAAAAUGACCUUUAUAGAAGUUCGCAGAAAAGGAUUUUACAGCGUUGGGAAGAAGAGGAUUCUAUGUCACAAUCUUGUUGAUUUGUUGAGACAGAUUAGUAGAGCUUUUGACAAUGCAUAUGAUGAUCUCAUGAAAGCAUUUGCUGAACGGAACAAGUUUGGUAACCUUCCUUAUGGAUUCAGAGCCAAUACUUGGCUCAUCCCUCCAGUUGCUGCACUAUCACCAUCAGUUUUCCCUCAGCUUCCUGUUGAGGAUGAGACAUGGGGAGGAAAUGGCGGUGGCCAAGGAAAAGAUGGAAAAAGUGAUCUGCUUCCUUGGUCUAAGGAGUUUUUGUCUCUUGCAUCUAUGCCCUGCAAGACAGCAGAGGAAAGGCAGAUCCGAGACAGGAAAGCUUUCCUCCUUCAUAGUUUAUUUGUGGAUGUUGCCAUUUUCAGAGCAAUCUCAGCUGUGCAGCACGUGAUGGGGCAACCAGAAUCAACUCAUUCUAAUGGAAACAAUCAAUUCACUUACAGUGAGAAAGUUGGUGACCUAGCUAUAACUGUCAUGAAAGAUUCUUCGGAUGCAAGCAAUAAACUGGACACUAAGAUUGAUGGAAUUGUAUCUACUCAACUAGAUCAAACGAAGUUGGUUGCAAGAAACCUUCUAAAAGGAAUCACUGCAGAUCAAAAUACUGCAGCUCAUGACCUUGCAACUCUUGGUUUUCUCAAUGUAAGAUACUGUGGAUACAUUGCAGUAGUGAAAGUGGAAGGGAGAGACAUUGUGGAAGUUGAUUCUCCAUUACAUAGCUACGAACCUGUUGAUCAGCUGGAAGGAGGUGCACAUGCUCUCAACAUUAACAGUUUAAGAUUCCUUCUUCACAAGGUUGCAUCUUUAGAAUGCACAAAAGUAGCUGCAUCUUAUCAAACCUUGGAACACGGAGAGCUUGACUCUUCUCAAGCUCUUGUAAAAAGAUUGUUUGAGGAUAGUAUUGAUAAGCUUCAGCAAGAGGAACCUGAAAAUGAUCCUUUUAUAAGAUGGGAACUUGGAGCUUGCUGGAUACAACACUUGCAAGAUCAAAAGAAUAAAGAGAAGGAUAAGAAACCAUCUGCAGAAAAGCCUAAAAGUGAGAUGAAGGUUGAGGGUCUCAGGACUCCCUUGAAAUCCCUUAAGAACAGCAAAAGGAAUAUUGCUACAACUAACAUAAAGUCUGAUCGGGACAUUGUCAUCGGGGAGGAUGAAAACACCGCUACAUCUCCAUUGAAGUCUCAUCUUGAGUCUCACUCCCAUGAAAAUGAGCAAGCCCUUAGGAGAUUGUUGUCAGAUCCGGCUUUUACUCGUCUAAAAGAAUCAGACACUGGACUACAUUGCAAGUCUAUUCAAGAGUUGAUUGAAUUGUCUCGGAAGUAUUACAGUGAAGUUGCACUUCCUAAACUGGUUGCAGAUUUUGGUUCAUUGGAACUCUCACCAGUUGAUGGUCGUACUUUGACAGAUUUCAUGCAUACAAGAGGACUUAAGAUGUGUUCUCUAGGACAAGUGGUUAAACUUUCGGAGAAGUUGUCGCAUGUGCAAUCUCUUUGUAUCCAUGAGAUGAUAGUGCGAGCUUUUAAGCAUGUUCUCCAGGCAGUGAUUGCCUCCGUUGAUGAUAAUAAGGAUAUAGCUGCAUCAAUUGCAGCUACACUGAAUAUGAUGUUUGGGUUUCAUGGCCAUGUAAAACCAAAUGAAUCUUAUAAUGUGAACCCCCUUGUGUGGAGAUGGCUGGAGAUUUUCUUGAAAAAACGAUACCAAUGGGAUCUUAGCAGCUCAAACUACAAAGAUGUGCGAAAAUUUGCGAUUCUGCGUGGGUUAUGCCACAAGGUGGGUAUUGAACUGGUCCCCAGAGACUAUGAUAUGAAUUCCCCCCACCCAUUCCAGAAGAUAGACAUCAUCAGUCUGGUGCCAGUGCAUAAGCAAGCAGCGUGCUCAUCAGCAGAUGGAAGACAACUCCUGGAAUCAUCAAAAACAGCAUUAGACAAAGGGAAACUUGAAGAUGCAGUCAGUUAUGGGACAAAGGCUCUAGCCAAACUGGUAGCAGUUUGUGGUCCCUACCAUCGUAUGACCGCAGGAGCUUAUAGUCUUCUUUCCGUAGUUCUAUAUCACACAGGAGACUUCAAUCAGGCCACAAUAUAUCAGCAAAAAGCUUUGGAUAUCAACGAGAGAGAAUUGGGGCUUGAUCAUCCAGAUACCAUGAAAAGCUAUGGAGAUCUUGCUGUAUUCUAUUACAGACUUCAGCACACAGAGCUGGCUCUCAAAUAUGUGAAGCGUGCACUUUAUCUUCUGCACCUCACUUGUGGUCCAUCACAUCCAAACACUGCUGCAACAUAUAUCAAUGUGGCAAUGAUGGAGGAAGGUCUGGGAAAUGUGAAUAUUGCACUCAGAUAUCUGCACAAGGCCUUAAAAUGUAACCAGGAAUUACUUGGACCAGACCAUAUUCAGACAGCUGCAAGUUACCAUGCCAUUGCAAUUGCCCUCUCAUUGAUGGAAGCUUACCCUUUGAGUGUUCAACAUGAGCAGACAACUUUGCAAAUUCUUCGUGCCAAACUUGGCCCAGAUGACCUACGCACGCAGGAUGCAUCAGCUUGGCUUGAGUACUUUGAAUCCAAGGCUUUUGAACAGCAAGAAGCUGCCCGAAAUGGUACAAGGAAACCUGAUGCAUCAAUAGCCAGCAAAGGCCACUUAAGUGUGUCAGAUUUGCUUGACUUCAUUAAUCCAAGCCUUGAUGUCAAAGGAAGAGAUGCUGUUGGUGUUAAAAGGAAAGGUUAUGCUAACAAGGUUAAAGAGAUCUCUCUAAAAGAUAGUUCAGAUGAAGAGAAACAAAUUCCUGAGCCAGAAGAGGAUACAAAUGUGCAAACUGAAACCCCUUUGCAAACAGUUGAGUCUAUUCUGUCUACAGACGAAGAAACCAAUAGUAGAGAAAAUCCACCCGAAGUUACUCAUACUACUACUGUCUUAGUGGAAAAACCAGAGAUUUUCAGUCAAGAAGUUGCAACCGGAGAAGACGGUUGGCAACCAGUCCAAAGAGCAAAAUAUAUUGCCCCAUCAUCGUCAUCAUCGUACCAAAGGAAAAUAAAGCAGCGAAGGACAAUAUAUGAUUAUCAGAAAAAAGGUGCAGAUUAUAUUAGAGUGAAGAAUAACUACUACUACUACCAGAAUAAGAGACGAGCAUCUUCUUCAGGAAGCCAAAUUGAGUACAGCCCAACCAAAUUUGGUCGACGAAUUGUCAAAGCUGUAACUUACAGAGUGAAGUCUGUUCCUUCUUCAACUACAACAGAAGCAUCAAAAGAACUAGAAUCUGCUUCUUCAGUUUCAGAAACAUCAAAAAAAUGUGCAAAAAUGGUUAGCCUUGGUAAAUCUCCUUCUUACAAAGAGGUAGCAGUUGCCCCACCUGGGACUAUUGCUAAGUUCCACUUCAUGGAGUCCCAGAAUGAUAGCAAAGAGGCGGUUAUAGCCAGUUCAAAGGUAACUCUCGAAUUGAUCAUGAAAGAUGCUCAUGAUUCUAAUGAAGAAAAAGCUGAACACGAUGAUGGAGUUGAUAUCAACGACAAAACUGAGGAAUCUAAUUUGAUUGAAGAGAACAAACUGUUGGAGAUUAAAAUGGACUAUGAAUCAAAUUAUCCUAAAUUGGAAAUUGCUGGAGCAACUGCUUCUGAUAGUGUUUCGAGACCAUCUGUUGUAAUCUCUUCCUCUUCAGAGGAGGAGGAGGAGGAAAUCACAGGAAAGAAGUUGUCUGCAUCGGCAGCUCCAUUCAAUCCAUCGUCACCUACUACUGUGCCGAUGAUGAACACAACUAUUCCUUCUUCGCCCGUGAACAUGGCUCUUCACCACCACAACCCUUAUCCUUCAGUUCCAGCAACUCCGAACAUGAUGCAUCAUCAUCAAUUCCCAUUCUUUUACCAUCCGUUUACUCAACCGCAAGCAGUUCCGAUAUAUACAGUCCCUUUCUACCAAAACCAUUUUGUAUGGCCGUGUAAUAUAAACCGUCCAGUUGCAUUUGACUAUUCUCCUAACAGCCACCACUACCAUAACCACCCUGUUUGGCAGUUAUCUGUUUCUCCAACCACAGUUGAACCACCUGUUUCGUCUGAUAAUUCUGAAACCAUAGGAUUGAUGAAUCCAAUUCCAAACCCACCGAUCAAUGAUGAUAUCGAGCAAACUAAGGCAGCGGAAGAAGCAAGAUUAGACAAGGAGGAAGAAAAUGGGGUGAAGGAAAAUGUGGGUAAAAGUGAAGGGGAGAAAACUGUGAACAUUUUGAUAAAGGGGAGGAGAAACAGAAGGCAGACACUGAGAAUGCCGAUUAGUUUGCUGAAAAGACCAUAUAGUUCGCAGCCUUUUAAAGUUGUAUACAGUCGAGUGGUCCGAGAAAGUGAAGCUCCUCAAGUCAGUUAGCUGUUGCCUGUUGAGGACAAAACAUAAACAUUUUAUGGCUGGCCUGUUUACAUGACUUGUUCUAGAGGUGAAUGGUUAACCACUUUUCCUGAUGAAGAUAGGAGGUGGUGGAAAGGAAAGUUGGUGUGUUACUUUAUUGAUGAUAUUAUUGUUAGGUAAAAUCAUUUAUAACUAUGUUUUGUUGUUGUUGUGAUAUCUGUAGUUAACAGUAUGUUGUGUAUUUUCUUGUAAUUUUGUUUUAGUAUUGAAUAAGUGCAUUUUUUUUGAAAAAAAGAAAGCAUAUAUUAUCUCUCCCAUUGAAUAUAUGAUUAUUUGUUGUUGCAGCACUGUUAGUUGAUGAUC